GGCUACGAAUACAGUAACCCAGCGCUUCCGGACGAAAGUACUUGAGGACUGCCACUGUGAACGUAGCUAGCAGUGAUACUAGAAGCCGAUUUGAAUUAACACCGAAAACAUGGCAGAGAACGACGUUGACAACGAGCUGUUGGACUAUGAAGAGGAUGAGGAGCCACAGGUUGCCCCAGAGACUGCCACACCAGCGGGCAAGAAGGAGGUAAAGGGCUCUUACGUUUCCAUCCACAGCUCCGGCUUCCGAGACUUCCUGCUCAAACCAGAGCUGCUCCGCGCCAUUGUCGACUGUGGAUUUGAACAUCCCUCUGAAGUCCAACACGAGUGCAUCCCACAGGCCAUCCUGGGCAUGGACAUCCUGUGCCAGGCCAAGUCUGGUAUGGGCAAGACAGCUGUGUUUGUACUGGCCACCCUGCAGCAGAUUGAGCCCGUGGACGGGCAGGUGUCUGUGCUGGUGAUGUGCCACACACGAGAGCUGGCCUUCCAGAUCAGCAAAGAGUACGAGCGCUUCUCCAAGUACAUGCCCACCGUCAAGGCGGCCGUGUUCUUCGGGGGCCUGUCCAUCAAGAAGGACGAGGACGUGCUGAAGAAGAACUGCCCCCACAUCGUGGUCGGAACGCCCGGCCGCAUCCUGGCCCUCAUCCGCAACAAGACUCUCAACCUGAAGAACGUCAAGCACUUUGUCCUGGACGAGUGUGACAAGAUGCUGGAGCAGCUGGACAUGAGGCGUGAUGUUCAGGACAUCUUCAGGCUCACACCCCACGAGAAGCAGUGCAUGAUGUUCAGCGCCACCCUAAGCAAAGAGAUCCGCCCUGUCUGCCGCAAGUUCAUGCAGGAUCCCAUGGAGGUGUUUGUGGACGAUGAGACCAAGCUGACGCUGCACGGCCUGCAGCAGUACUACUGCAAGCUGAAGGACAGCGAGAAGAACCGCAAGCUCUUCGACCUGCUCGACGUGCUCGAGUUCAACCAGGUGGUGAUCUUUGUGAAGUCAGUGCAGCGCUGUGUGGCUCUGUCUCAGCUGCUGGUGGAGCAGAACUUCCCUGCCAUCGCCAUCCACAGGGGCAUGGCCCAGGAGGAGAGGCUUUCCCGGUACCAGCAGUUCAAGGACUUCCAGAGGCGGAUCCUGGUGGCCACCAACCUGUUUGGCCGAGGGAUGGACAUUGAGCGCGUCAACAUUGUCUUCAACUACGACAUGCCCGAGGAUUCCGACACCUACCUGCACAGAGUGGCACGUGCCGGCAGGUUCGGGACGAAAGGUCUGGCCGUGACCUUUGUGUCCGACGAGACCGACGCCAAGACCCUGAACGAUGUGCAGGACCGCUUCGAGGUCAACGUGGCAGAGCUCCCAGAAGAGAUUGACAUUUCCACCUACAUUGAACAGUCCAGAUGAAGAUCGCCCCCUGACCAGUGAAGACGACAUGUGUACACCCCUCUGUACCUGUCUUUUUCGGCGAGGGAGAAUCAAAAAAGAAUCUGACCGUUUUUUAUUUUAAAUACCUCUCCCUGAUCUCCCAGUUCAUUUUGCAUCACUUUUUAUUUUAUCCUAUCCUCCCGAGGCUGCAGUUUUAACUUUGUUUUCCAUGUUAAUUGUGGUUUCUGUUUUUUGGGUUAAUUAAAUAAUUGAAAUUAAAACUUUUUAUACAAUUA